AGAAACUCACUCAAGCUUGCAAUGACCGUGAAAAGCCGUGCCGCCGUUGCCGGUAGCCUUCGGCGAUUGGCAAUUUUCACUUCUACUAUCGCUGCUACAACUAUCAUCCUCGCAAUAUUAUCAAUUCCACUUUUAAUUAGUACAGCUAUGCAAUCACAGGUUGACUCGGAACGACUUCUUGAACAGUGCUACACAUCCACCACCACCACGCUACGUCUAUUGAAUGAGCUGAAUGUACCGGAAACAUCCAGACAAAAACGAGGAACUUAUGGUUAUCCGUAUGGAAACCAGGCCUAUAGAGAAGGAAAUGUGCAACCUACUCAAAGGUGUAUCCCUCGCCCGGGCCCACCUGGUCCACCAGGGCAGCCUGGAUUGGAUGGCAUGGACGGUAAUGAUGGAGAACCUGGACAGCCGGGUGAUCCUGGUAGGGAUGGAGUCUCCGAAAACAAGAGGGAGCCUUGUUGGGUUUGUCAGAAAUCCGAACCAGGUCCUGUGGGAGCUAGAGGGCCAAAGGGAAGACCUGGUGCUCCUGGAGAACCCGGCAGGAAUGGCCUUUCUGCCACGAGCGUGCCAGGUCCACCUGGAGAUCAAGGACCACAAGGACCUGAUGGUCCUCCAGGCUUCCCUGGUCCCAGAGGACAGGAUGGUUAUGAGAAUGAAAUCUACGUAACAGGUCCUCCCGGACCACCAGGACCACCAGGACCUCGUGGGAUCCCAGGCCCUCAAGGUCCGCCAGGUGCUCAAGGACCACAGGGACCACCCGGAUUACAAAUGGGUGAUCCAGGUGCGCCUGGUACUCCGGGACGACCAGGCCAGGUUGGCCACAAAGGCCCGCGCGGACCUACAGGAGCCCCAGCUAGCUGUGAUCAUUGUCCCCAGCCCGAAAUUGGAAUUGAAUCAAGCAAAACGUCACAGUAUAGAACAAUAUCUGCUCAAGAUCCACAAGCAGUUGGAAGUGGAGCACGUCAGGAAGUAGAAGUAGAUCCUACUAGUAGAACAAUAGAAGAGAGAGCACUCGAUUUGGUCGAACAAGAACUAAGGCACUGAAAAUUCUUGUUGUUAUUAUCAUACAUUCUUUUGUGCCUG